AAUGGCGAAAUACUUAGAAAAUAUUCUGUAAAUAAAGUGAAGAAAUAAAAAACCCAUGCAUGCACAGUAUCGCUUAUAUAUCAUGACAGGUAGUUAGACAUAUCUUAAGUAUUUGGUUAACAUACAUGUACCAAAAUGCCAGGCUCAAAAAAGAAGGAUUUAUAUAUAGCAAAGAGUAUUGGGAAACUCAAUGAGAUGGCCGAGCUGCCAGCAAAGUUCAAGAACACGAAUGCAAAACUUUUGGUGAAGACGGCAGACAAGAUGUUGAAGGAGGCUGAGCACAGUGAGAUGAUGGAAGACGAGGAACGUGCCUACGUCUUGUUCAUGAAAUAUUUCAACGUCGUAACUUUCCUGAAAAGAUCUGCUGACUACAAGAAACAAAAGGCAUACUAUGAUGAUUUGUUAGGCGCAAAAAAUCUUCUCACAUCUAUAAGCAAGGCUGAGGAACUGUCGUCCAGUCUUAAGAAGAGGUAUGAUGAGUUAGAAGCCAAAAAUGUUGCCAGUAAACUUGCAUCCCUCGAUACCAUAGAACAGAAAACAGAGAGCAAAGAUGAGAAAAAGGCUGAAGAUAGUGCCGAUAAGUCAGACAAAAAGUUGGAACCAACCGAAAAACAGCCUGAAGAGGCAGCAAAGACCAGCCCAGGUGUUGUAACAUGCAAUCAGUUAUUUGACUUAUUUGAGGACAGAGAUGCUCAGCUUAUACUCAUGGAUGUACGUUCAAUGGAAGAUUUCCAGGAGACGAGAAUUAAUCAUAAAAAUAUAAUCAACGUGCCUGCCGAGGCCAUCAAACCAGGAACAACUGUUACAUACAUAGAGAAAGCUUUACCCAUGGAUUCCUUGUCGCUAUGGAAACAAAGGGGUAACAUUGAUCAUAUCAUAUUACUAGACUGGAACUCGGGUAUAGACCAGGUUAAAAUUGGAUCCAGUCUACAGACACUGAAGGAUGCCCUGUUCAAGUAUGACUCGACAGUGAUAAUCAAAAGUGAGCCGCUCAUUCUAGAUGGCGGAUAUGAGCAGUGGAUGUUACAGUACCCAACGAAAUGUGUGAACCCGGUCUUUGAUAAACUUAAAAAACCUGUGGUGAGCUCAACUCAAGAUUCUUUAAUGGACUUUGAUUAUCCAGAUUUUGAUGAAACUUUCAUGGAACCAAAACAAGCAGGGACUAGUUCUAAUGAUUCAUCAGCUUCAUCAUCGUCCUUAAACAGUGUUAAUUCUCUAACUAAUGGGGAUGUUACUUCCCAAUUUCCGAAAAUUGAUAGAUCUACAAAACCAAAAAUUGAUAGAUCUACAAAAGUGAAUGUUGCUAAAACUGGUAUAAGUUCUAACAAACCUGUAACUGGUUCUCUGUAUCCAGAUGUCGGAGCUGUCAGUAAGUCGGGAAGCAGUUUAUAUAGCAAAACAACUGAGGCUGGUUCCCAUAUUAUUAAUUCAAGUUUUAAGAAUGCUGAAUACAGGGCGGAUUCGGCCUCUAGUCAGGAUAUCAAAAACAGUUCAAGUUUAAAUUUAGCUGCACAAUCGACGGAGAUUUCUGAUGAAUUGACAGCUCUGAAUUUACAGAGGAAGCAGAAGAUGGAAGAACUGCAGAAACUUCAAGAAAACUACGAGAAGAUGGAAGCCGAGUCGCGUGCCAGGAUGGAGCGAAUGAAGAAUGAAGAGAAGAAGUUGUCAGAUCUAGAGGAGCUGAAGAGGAAACAGCAAUCUGAUGUGGCCGAUCUAAUGAGAUUGAAGAAGAAUCUACAUAGUGAGAUGGCGGAAGAAAAACAGCGAGUACAGUAUCAACAAAUUGAGAAAGAGCAAGAGGAGACUCAUAGGAAAAAAGAAUUGGAACAGCUAUCUAGAGCAGAGGAAGAAAAGAGAAAAAGAAGGGAAGAAGUUGACAGGUUAAGGAUGGAUAGAAAGAAGAAGGAAGAAGAGAGAUUGGAGAGUGAGAGAAGAAUAAAAGAUGAACAAGAUUUAAAGAAUGCUAGGGAGAGAGCACAAGAAGAAGAAGAACAACGCAGGAAAGAUUUUGUUGCAGCAGAAGAAAGAAUUAAACAAAUGAAGGCAGAAGACCAAAGAAAGGCAAGGGAGAAAAUUGAACUUGAAGAAAGACUUCAGAGGGAGAGGGAGUUGGCAGCUAAGCUGGAGAAAGAUAGACUAGCUGCCUUAGAAGAAAAGAGAAGGCAACAGGCUGAGCUAGACAGGUUGGAAACAGAGCGCAGGGAAAAGUUGAGGCAGGAUAAAGAAAGAACAGAGAAAGAAAGAUUGGAAAGGGAGAAAAGAGAAAGGGAUGAAGAAGAUAGAAAGAAAGCUGCAGAGGCUAAACGUAUUGCUGAUGAGAAGAUCAGGUUAAUGAAUGAAGCCAAGACAAAGCCUAAACCGGUUCCCUCACCAAAUCUACAGAAAGGCUGGGAGAAACAGCUGGAUCCCAGCACAAACAGAUACUUCUAUAUCAACCAUAAUGAGGGAACUACACAAUGGGAUCCUCCAGGUGAAGGUAAAGGUGGUACAUACACUACACGACUGAAAGAUGAACCCUCCACACCCAAGUCAGGCGGCCUCAAGAGGUCAAACUCCUCCCCUAAUAUUGCACAGAUGAUGGAAGACGAGGCUAAACUCCCUCAAAGGAAACUAACACCGUCUGUUGACAGGGGAAAUAAACCUGUUAAAAGACCAAUGCCUGUAGCUUUACCUGCAAAAAGAAGAGAUUUGAAUCCAGUCUAUGGAAAUGUGGGUCCUGCAUUGACUGGAUUACGUAACCUUGGUAACACGUGUUAUAUGAACAGCACGAUACAGUGUCUGAACAAUACGUCGCCACUUGUGACGUACCUUCUUACUGAUAUGUUCCUGUAUGAUAUUAACAGGGGAGGCAAAUCUGGAAACUUAUGGGAAGUAACAGAUGAUUUUGCAUACUUGGUUAAGUCCCUUUGGUCAGGACAGUACAGGUUCAUAACUCCUAGAGAUUUUAAGUCUGUGGUAGGGAAGCAUCAGCCAAUGUUUGCUGGGUAUGAACAACAAGAUAGUCAAGAAUUCCUUACAUUUCUUCUGGACAGUCUUCACGAGGGACUCAAUAAGGUAAAGACACGUCCAAAGAUAGCUGACCAAGACAAUGACAAGUUACCAGAUCACAUUGGUGCAGAAAUUGCUUGGAAUAAUCAUAAACUACACAAUGAAUCUAUUAUUGUAGAGCUGUUUCAGGGUCAGUUAAAAUCAACCAUCAUGUGCCUGACAUGUAGGAAGAAGAGUGUUACGUUCCAAGCCUUCAUGUUUCUGUCACUACCAAUCCCGUCAUCUGGUAAAUGUACACUUCAGGAUUGUCUACGUCAGUUUGCAGCAGAAGAGAAAAUGACGGGAAGUUCACGCUGGAAAUGUCCACAGUGUAAAUGUUAUCGGGACUCGGUCAAAAAUAUUGUUAUUUGGAAACUACCGCACAUAUUGUUGAUUGCGUUAAACAGAUUCGUGUACGAAGGUCAAUGGAGAACAAAAAUAAAUGCUCAUGUGGAUUUUCCUGUUAAAGGUUUAGACAUGUCCUCGUUUGUGAUGGGUCCGAGACCUAAGCCAUAUAAGCUCUAUGCUGUGUCGAAUCACUUUGGGACUCUAGAUGGAGGCCAUUACACCGCAUGUUGUAGAAAUCCGACCACACAGAAAUGGUACAAGUUUGAUGACCACGAGGUGUAUGAUACUUCUGAGUCCAGUGUUAAGACGUCAGCAGCAUAUGUCCUGUAUUAUACAUCAAUAGAUUUGCUACCACCAGAGUUUAAACCUAACUUCUCUUGAUACUGAUCAAUUUACAAAGCAACAUGCAAGCUUUACAGGACUCAGAUUCAUUUUUCUUCUCUCAGACUUUUAAAUGAAACUUUUAAUGAUAUUGAUUGAUUUCCAAAUC